AUGCUGAAGCAGCAACGAAACGAAAACGGCAAAUUUGCGGCAUCGAAUUCCUACGAAUAUGUUGAGAAAGACUACAGUGGUGACAGCUUUGAUGAUGAAGUCGAAGAGUACAAAGAAAUGUUUUCCUAUCAGCCAUCUGUAACCUCAACCAACCUUAGUUCCGAAGGCACCAUCAUCACCAGCCUGGCCAGUAAUUCAUACAAGCAAAACACGUUGUGA